UCCAUCUAUAAAUACAAGAAAACUCCAAAUCAAAAAAACAAUAAUACACAUUUUUUCAAGACUAGCUCAUAUUUUGCCACUUUAUCGGUAACAACCAUGGCACCCCAUGGAGAGUCAUUAUUUAGGUCAAACCCUACUACAAUGAACAACAACAACAAAAACAACGAUCAGAAUGCUACCAAACAACCUUUGAUCUCCAACGACGAUCUCAAACGGACGGUUUCCGACAUCUCAAUGGUGCUAAGCAAAGAGGUCACCACGUCCACGGGCGGUCCGGGUAGAGCCCCAAAUCUACCGCCCAUCACGGAGGUGGAAGGCACAAAGUGCGAGUGCUGCGGGCUGUCAGAGGACUGCACCCCGCAGUACAUAGCACGAGUACGUUCGAAAUUCGUGGGGAAGUGGAUUUGCGGGCUAUGCUCAGAGGCAGUGAAGGAGGAGGAAGGGAAGAAGGGCGUCAUAAGAGAGGAGGCUUUGAGCAGUCACAUGAAUGCAUGCUCAAAGUUCAACAAGUAUGUUAGGGCUCACCCGGUUCUUUACCAAGCGGAAGCCAUGAGACAGAUGUUGAAGAAGAAGAGGGCCGACAAAGCUAUUAGGGCUAACAAAACCGUUCAAAACAAAGGUGUGGGGAUAGCAAGGACUUCCAGUUGCAUUCCCGCCAUUACCGGUGACAUCAAGAAUGAGCAGCCCCGCGGAGAUAAUUAAAGAUAUGCUUAGCAUAUAAACAUCAAGUACAUACUAUAUUUGAAUGCAUAUACUAUAAUGUAAUUAGUCUUAUCUUGAAAAUAAUAUCUAUUCCUGGAAUAUAAUUAAGGAUAUCUUUUUUAUUCAAUUAAUGAUUUUGUUCAUCAACCAAA